GAUCCUCCUUACCCAAUGCCGUCAUUCCCCCAAAUUUCUAAUCAAAAUACCGAUACCAAUACCAAUAUUUUACACCAGAAUUCUUCUUACCAAAUGCCAAUUGCUCAACAUUAUAAUUCAAAUGUCAAUACUUUAAACCAGAAUCCUCUUUAUUCAAUGCCAAUUCCUCAAAAUUAUUAUCAAAAUAAUAGUAAUACAUCACAACAGCAAAACUACUCUCAAAAUUCUAAUCAAGAUAAUAAUAUAUCACAACAGCAACACUUCUCUCAAAAUUAUUAUCAAAAUAAUAAUAUAUCACAACAGCAAAACUUCUCUCAAAAUUAUUAUCAAAAUAAUAAUAAUACAUCACAACAGCAAAACUUCUCUCAAAAUUGUUAUCAAAAUAAUAUUAAUACAUCACAACAGCAAAACUUCUCUCAAAAUUUUAAUCAAAUAUCACAACAGCAACACUUCACUCAAAAUUCUAAUCAAAAUAAUAAGAUAUCACAACAGCAAAACUUCACUCAAAAUUUUAAUCAAAAUGCUAAUAUGUCACAACAGCAAAACUUCACUCAAAAUUCUAAUCAAAAUGCUAAUAUGUCACAACAGCAAAACGUCUCUCAAAAUUCUAAUCAAAAUGCUAAUAUGUCACAACAACAAAAC